AGCGCCGCGCGCGCGGGCUGGGGAAGGUGUCGGUGGGCGCGCCUGGUGUCCAGCGUUUGCUCCGGGCUCCUCUUGGGCCAGUGCCCUCGUGGUCCCGUGUCCGCAGCGGGGUGGAGGUCUUCAUCACUGACCUUCCCAGAGGAGGUGAGGCUCCCAUGUCAUGGCUUUGAUCACCUUGAGGAGGAACAUUUGUCACUUCUCUGAUGUCUGGAUGCCUGGAGCUGUGGCCACCUUGAAGAACCAGCCUGCAAGUUACAUCCACAAGGUAGCAAGAGAUCGUCUGUCUCCUUGGUUCUGUUCCCAACGACCUGAGCCAUUCAAGGUCAGAUUCCAUCAUGCAUGUUGUAAAAACUUCCAUUCAGAGAACGGAAAUGAUCUGCAUCCAGUUGGAGAGCCAGCGUUGUCUCAAGUGCGUGACUGGGACCAGCUCGAGCAAAGCUUCCAGAAGGAGAGCGGACAGGUAUUUGACAGGAGACUAAAGGAUUUCACCUCAUCAGAAGAAGUGCUAAGUUUUAUCAGCACCCUGGGAACCCUGCCCGAGCCAGUAGCAGCAGCGGCUUUACGGCGGAUUUGUGAGGUGGAAAACCGAGAUGGUGGGCAGAACCUUACACAGGCAAUACGAACGCAUCGCGUCUUCCAAGCUCUGUGCUUGCGGUUCGAACAGGAGGCCUCGCGUCUGUCAGACACGGGCUUGCUGACUGCUCUGCAGGCUCUGAGCAUGCUGCGCCUGGAUCCUCAGAGUAGCCUUAUCCUGAGCCUUGUGGCCGAAUGCCAGGAUCGUCUCAAAAGAGGAGGCCUGGGAGCCCAUCAUCUUUGCAUUCUGGGGGAAAGUCUGGUGAGGCUGCAGGAUCCAGGUUGUGUGACGUUAGAACGGAUUCUCUAUCAGCUGCAAAGCGCAAGGCUGGAAACUCUUGCUGCAGAGGACAUCGUGGCCAUUUACAAAAUUCUCCAGGCAUGCCCUGAAAAAGUAGACCGACACCAGUCAUUUUUAAAUAGGGUAAACCGCGUUUCCCUCUCAGUGGUUCCCUACCUCAGUCCUACCUCAAUCAGCGAAGUGCUCAGGGCGUUAGUGGUUCUGGAUCAAACCCACGCCCUUCCUCUGGUCUUAAAACUGGGCAGGUAUGUUGUGCGGCACGUGCCUCAUUUCACUAGUGAAGAGCUCAGGAAUGUUCUGGAAGCUCUCACGUAUUUUGGGUAUAGUGACAGGUUUCUCACAAAAGCUCUGGAGCAGCAUGUAGCUGGGCUCCGUCUCAGCGUGGACUGGGAAGUGGCCAGCAAGGUGAUGGACUAUUGUAGCAGGAAAGAGAUUCUCUCGAAGCCCAUCCUUGAUGUAGCAGCAGAGACUUUCAUUCGCCACUCGGAAAAGUUGUCACCUGGUCAGAUUUAUGAAUUAAUCGAACCGUUUGGAAAGCUCAAUUAUUCGCCACCAAAUGCCCCUGCUGUAUUUAGGAAGCUAGAAAAUGUGCUGUUCACUCGUUUCAAUUAUUUCCCACCCAAAACGCUGUUGAGACUUCUCCAUGCAUGUUCUCUUAUUGAAUACCAUCCAGUCAACUUCAUGGCGAAAAUAUUCAGCCCUUUUUUCCUUCAGCGGUUGCAAGGUGAAGAGCCAUAUUUGGACAGAUUGAGUCUGGCACUAGUGACCCAACUUUUCCUGACCUCAAUUCUAGAAUGCCCUUUCUACAAGGGCCCAAAACUCCUUCCUAAAUACCAAGUGAAAUCAUUUUUAACUCCGUGCUGUUCCCUGGAGAUUCCUAUGGAUUUUCGCCUUUAUAAGUCUGUGGUGGUUGGACUGAUUGACCUUUUAGGAGCAAGAUGGUAUUUUGCUUCCAAAGUGCUGACGCCCUAUUGUUACACCAUCGAUAUUGAGAUUAAGUUAGAUGAAGAAGGAUUUGUAUUGCCAUUUACAGUGGAUGAGGAUGUCCAUAAAAGGGUAGCACUGUGCAUUGAUGGCCCCAAAAGGUUUUGCUAUGAGAGCACCCACUUACUUGGGAAAGAAGUAAUUAAACGAAGACACCUACAGUUACUUGGUUACCAAGUUGUUCAGGUGCCCUAUCAUGAGGUCGAGGCGCUUCGGUCAAGACUCGAAUUGGUAGAAUAUCUACAGAGAAAACUGUUUGCUCAAAACUCCAUUGUUCGUUGGUAACAAGAAGGAAAACUGGCUUCAGGAGUCGAAUAGUGACAGAACCGGUUCAAAAGGACACAGUUUAACCUGCAAGUUUGCCGCUGUAUGGAACUGUGUUUAUAGACUCAGGGGCUGCAAAGGGCCUGUGGUGUUCCUUAGACCAGGGGUCCAUGUGUUGGCCGUAAACGUAAAGGUGAUUUUACUAAGACUGGUGUCAGAUCUUUUAAUAGAUCAAGCAGUAGAUCAAAUACAAUAAAACAAUACAUA